CAGCGCCCUUGUUGUGAAUUGUGUGCUUUUCUGGUUGUGCCAUUGUUUUGUUAUAAUAUUCGGUUUUGACAAUGUCGGAUACAUGGGAAAACAUCCAGGCCCUGAAGAAAAAGCAAGAGAGUCUCAGGGAACGUAUGCAGCGGAGAAAACGAGAAAGAGAACGCAUUGGCGUCGGACUUUCUGCUGCUGGUCCCGGUGGUGUUGCAGAGGACACUGCAGCUCCAAUCAGCAGUCAGAUUGGUAGUACUUCUCGAAGUGAUAGUCCGGCACCCACGAACUCAGAAGACCCUAUUACAAAGAUUGACCCUACUGUGGAGUACAAAUUACUGGAAGUACUUUGUAAUCACUCAUUGUGUUUGCCAACAGAUUCACCAUCGCUUCAGAAUAAACUUACAAAGUUACUGAAUACAGAAGUCUCCCAGGGUCCUAUUGAGAGUCUGUUACAAAAGUUUUCUGCUCAGGAGUUAAUUGAUCAUUUUUAUCAUUUAUACACUUCUGUGAUUGACAUAAGCUCAUAUGCUAAUAAAGCAACUACAUUAACAGCUGUGUUUGAUCAAAUAAAUGAAAAAGAUAAAGGUAAAUCGAUUUCCAAGAAACGAAAGCGAGAAAGUAACUCUCCAUCUAGAGACGUACAGUCGGUUAAAAUAGUGAAUAGACAGAUCUCAACAGAUGAUGCAGUGGAUAGUAUAGAGAGUCUGUUAGCAAUGCCAUCUAUAAGAGAACAAGCGAACAAAAAAAUGGGUGAAGAGAUCUUUGAUUUGCUGAGCAAACCAACUGCUAAAGAACAGUCCGUCGUGGAGAAGUUUAAAUCACAAGGUAAACUACUUAAAGAGUUCUGUCCACAUGGAACCAAGGGAGAGUGCAUGAAAACAAUGAAUGCUGCUUCCCCUUGUGAUAAGCUACAUUUUAGAAGAAUCAUCAAUAAACAUACAGAUGAAUCGCUUGGAGACUGUUCAUUUUUGAAUACCUGUUUUCAUAUGGAUACUUGCAAGUAUGUACAUUAUGAGAUCGAUUUCCCCAGUCAGUCAGUUAAUCCACAUCCACAGUCUACUGAGCGAAAGAAUGUCACAGAAGAUAAUAAAGUCAUACUCUAUCCACCACAGUGGAUACAGUGUGACAUGCGGUCUUUGGAUACUUCAGUACUUGGUAAAUUUUCAGUUGUGAUGGCUGAUCCUCCCUGGGAUAUUCACAUGGAAUUGCCAUAUGGUACAAUGCAGGAUGAUGAAAUGAGACAACUGAAUGUACCAGGACUCCAAGAUGAUGGUUUUAUAUUUCUAUGGGUGACAGGCAGUGGUGUAAAAUUACAACAGUCUUUUGGCAAAUUUCUUGACAUCAAUAAAAGUUUCAGCAUUGUUGGUAUAAAAGGUGAACCAAAGAAUUAUAAUUGUGGUUUAGAUUGUGAUGUCUUGGUUGCUGAAGUGCGGGAGACCAGUCACAAACCAGAUGAGAUCUAUGGGUUGAUUGAGAGGUUGUCACCGGGAACAAGAAAGAUUGAACUGUUUGGAAGACCUCAUAAUGUCCAGCCAAAUUGGAUUACAUUAGGCAAUCAAUUAGAUGGUGUACAUUUAUUGGAUCCUGAGGUAGUUGAACGCUUCAAGAAAAAGUAUCCUGAUGGAAACUGUAUGAAGUCAAACAAAUCUUGA